GGAGAAGGGCAGGUGGCUGCUCCGGGUCCAGACGCCUCUCCUCUGGGUGGAGGAGGGGGCCCUGCCCAGGAGCGACCAGGCGGAAGCGCCACAGCCAUUGGUCCAGCGGCGAAGCCCCGGGGCCCUGAGCGCAAAGUCCGCGACACCAGGCCAAGGAGGCGGCGGUCCGCAGCGCAGGUGGGCGCUCGCUGUAGGCUAGGCAAGAUGCCCCUGGGGCUAAGGGUAAAGAAGAAAGCCAAAUCCAAGGAGGCCGCCCGGCUGGUGGAGGGCGAGCAGGCGUGCGCCGGCGGCGGCAGCCUCGAGACGUCCGAGGAACCCCCACGCAGGCUGGUCUUUCACACGCAGCUGGCGCACGGCAGCGCCACAGGCCGAGUGGAGGGUUUUUCCAGCAUCCAGGAGCUCUACACCAAGAUCGCGGGCGUGUUUGAGAUCUCGCCGUCCGAGAUCUUAUAUUGCACUUUAAACACACCUAAACCUAACAUGGAAAAACUCUUAGGAGCACAAAUAGGUCUUGAAGAUUUCAUAUUUGCACAUGUCAAGGGGAUCAAAAAAGAAGUGAAUGUGUAUAAAUCUGAGGAUUCACUUGGUCUCACCAUUACAGAUAAUGGUGUUGGCUAUGCUUUUAUAAAGAGAAUUAAAGAGGGCAGCAUAAUUGACUCAGUUAAAACAAUCUGUGUGGGUGAUCAUAUUGAAUCCAUAAAUGGAGAAUAUGUUGUUGGGUGGCGUCACUUUGAAGUUGCUAAGAAGUUAAAGGAGUUGAAUAAAGAGGAACUCUUUACCAUGAAGUUAAUAGAACCUAAGAAGGCAUUUGAAAUAGAGCCAAGGUCAAAAGCUGGAAAUUCAAGAGGAAAAACUGGUACUGGAAGAGAGACACUUCGCCUGAGAUCAAAAGGUCCUGCCACCGUGGAAGAAGUGCCCUCUGAAACCAAAGCCAAAGCAAUUGAAAAGGUCGAUGAUCUUCUUGAGUUGUACAUGGGAAUUCGAGAUAUUGAUUUAGCUACCACAAUGUUUGAAGCUGGAAGAGACAAAGGUAAUCCAGAUGAAUUUGCUGUGGCACUUGACCAAACUCUCGGAGACUUUGCGUUCCCAGAUGAAUUUGUCUUUGAUGUUUGGGGAGCCAUCGGUGAUGCCAAAGGAGGAAGAUUAUGAUGUGGAUGUUCCGUCACUGGAAAAAUGAACCAUUUUGUUCCUUUUUUAAAAAAAUCUGUAAGACCUGCUUUUAGACACUGUUGUGGACUCUAGUUUUGUUUAUGUGUAUAGAAUACAUUCUUUGAAAUAUAAUUUUGAUUUCUAGGUACUUUUUAAUGCAGUUGUAUAUCUAGUAUGCUUAAGAUAUAUUACUUAAAAUAUCACUUUUAAUAUUCAUUCAAAAGCUUUUUUAAAAAUAAGUUUUAGGGAGUAUUUAUAGAUAGAUGAUUUUGCUCCCCACUAAUACCCAUCUUUUAUUUUCUACAUAUAAAUAGUUGAUUGUAAUAACUUUGCAGUUCUUUUGCAAAUUUCUGAUUCAGUGAAAAUUAGGAUUGGAGUGUGAUUUGCUUCAUAGCACCUUCAUUUUGUUAAGUAGCUUGAACAGGAUACGUUCAGGAAAUGAAAUGUGAAUUAUGCCUACUAUAAGUCUAGAAGUAUCAUUUUAAUUUUUUUACUCCACUAAGGGGAGGAAGAUUUCUACAGCCUGUUGACAUCUAUGGUCUACUUUCUCUCUUUGUAAAAUAAGGAUUGAUUGACUUUUAUAUUUUGCCUAUUUAUGAUUGCUUCUUUGCCUUUUAAAACCUGUUGUUGAAAUCUAUUGUGCUGUGCCUUUGUUUGCAUGUGUGGAAGAAAGGUGAAAAAGACAGAUAGGGUAGAAACCACUUAUAUUUGAUUUUGUUACAACAGUUCUUAAAACAUUUUUCUUUUUCCACCUGUACAUACUUUUAUGUUACUCUUUAUAAGCACUCCAGGGAAGGUUUUUAUUGUCUUUAUAGAACUUUUCUUUGAAAGAGAUUUACUAAGAAAAUAACUAUGUUUGAGAAUACUUUUCGGGUGAAAGAGCAAUGCCUUUAAACCCCCUAAACUUUAGAGGAGAUGCUAUCAGAAAUAGAUUUCCCUCCAGUGGAAAUAAAGGAGGAAGAGAGAAUUGAGAAAAUAUAUUAGCCUAUUAUUUUAGAAUUCUAACAGAUCUUCUCUAAAACCAUACAUUAUUGAGGAAAUUGAGGGUAAAUGACUGUCUUAUCACUUUGUUUGACAUUGUACAGAUAUAAGAGAAAUGGAAAUGAAUGGUUUCAACAUAGAUCACUUAAUAAGGCAGAGCCUGGGGUGACCAAGCAUUCUUCUAGAGUGCUGGAAAAUGGUGUGUGCUGCAAUGGUAAUCAGAAAUUAUAACCUAUGAGAGAUGUAUUCUAGGAAAUCAGAAGUAGUUCCCUUUCCAUACUGUGUUUGUUAUUAGAAUAACUGUUGUUUUCUGGAAUACCUUUACUUUUACUACCAUUCACUCACCUUUCUCAUAAGUUUAAUACUACAAAGCUGAUAUUCUUUGUCUUAUUAAUCUGAAACCUGCACAGAAGCUAUUUUAGUGAUUAAUGUAUAGCGAAGUAGUUUAUACAAUGCCGAUUGUCUUCUUUCUUGCUCUUGCCUAUCAUUUGGAAAUAGGAUCCAGCUCAGGCUAUAGUAUGUUGCUACUGGUUUCAAGGAUUUUUUUUGGAGGUCCCCAAAUAUCUAUUCUUGAUAUUGUCUCUCUUAGAAGGAUACACAAAAAAGGAGCUAAUAUUUCUAGGGACGGGAACACUUUUAGAUGACUUAGGAGGCCCAUAGAAACAUAUUAGUUUAAACAAAAAAAUAAUAAAUUUCUUGGCAUUAGAUGUUAGAUUUGAAAUGAUGAGUCAGUUUAUUAUUGAUGGAUGUCAACUUCUCCUUCAUUUUUGGGCAUGCAUGAAGAUUGACACUUGGCGCCGAUUCCCUGUGAUUUAUGAAAUUUCAAAUUCACAAAGUGAGUGUGCUCACCAUGAUCUUUCUAGAAUUUUCGUGUGUCAGGUACCGAUCUUCCUGUACAGCUGUAGCUAUACUUGUCUGUUAGCGUUAAAUGGUCAGUUGUUAUUAGGGGCUUCAGCUGGGCACAGGUGCUUUAUUCCUUUAUAUGUCUUUAUCUCACCUCCAUUCCUAAACUGAUAAAAACAAAGUCAGUUUCUUUGUCAUUUUGUUCCCUUACCUGAAAAUAUAUCUAUUUGUGAACUUCAUGCCUUUUGGUAACAGUCAGUGCACAAAAGGACCAGGAUCUCUUUUUAGUUGUCACAAAGUGUGGGCUACCCUUAUAAUGCUACAAAGAGACAAAUCAUUUUAAAAAAUAUAUACCAUUUCAUUGGCACCACUGAACAUUUUCAGAAGGCCUUUGUCACUUUCUCUUGUACUAUAGUUCCCUCCCCGCCCCCCGUGGAGGAUGAUUAUUUUAUUAUUGAUUUCCUUCCACACAGAACAGCAUCUUUCAGUGGUCACUAAGAGCACACUUUGUUUUCUUCGCGGCAGGGCAUGUAGAUGAUGAUUGAACCUUAGGCUCAAUGGCGCCUUGAACGGAGCUUGAUCCUCAUCAAGUGGACACAUUCUGAUGGUUACAAAUAGACACAUUUUGGGUUUCUGUGAUGCUUCAAAAAUAUAAUUAUGUAACUACAUGAUGUGAAACUCUAAGAAUUCAAU